GAUCUUAGUUUGAGAUUGUUUUGUUGAUAUUUCGUUCGAUUGCUGCAGUCCGGUAAAAUUAAAUUUUUCGUUCAGAUUUCAGCUUUUAGCGACAAAAAUGGCUCGUCAACCUGAUUUUGUGGAGUAUGUAAACUCCGUAGUAAACCUAGAUGCCCUAGAGAAAAUGACUGCUGACAUGGAUGAAGAUAUUGAAGAAUCGCAGAAGCUAAUGGACGAAAUAAAAACAUUGUUUGAUUCUAUUCCCACACAGAGUAAAGGGCCUACAGACAAUGGACUGCGGCAUGAGGAUCUAUCGCAGUUUCUCGAGGCAGGAGUGCCAAAGUUGUUAAUGCCAGAUAUGGCAGAGACCAAUCUGGAUGUGGACUUGGAUGAUGUUAUAUCUACAAUGAAGGAUUACGCUGAAGACUUAAAGAGAACCUGUUCAAUCAGCCAGCCCAAGACUGCAGUUCCCCCAAAGGAUAUGGGUGCUUUGGAGAUAGAUCAAUAUGCAACUACUUUGGAUCAGCUUGUGAAGAGACUUGCGAAUAUCAAAUUGAGCAAGAAUGAGGCUGAUAACCGCAACCCUGAGCUGGAAGACAAGCUUACGCAGCUCGGCCAGGAUGUAAACAUGUUUACACAGAUGAUCCAGUCAAAGACAAAGCUGACAGAAUGUGACAAAAACUGGCCAGAGAGCCAACCAGAUAGCUCAGCUCUCCAGUACAAGGACAUUAUCAGCAAACUUUUAUCAGGAAUCAAUGAAGUCACAUACUUAUUGCAGAAUAAGAACUAAUAGACUAUUUAUCUAAAAUAAAAAUUAAACUUCAUUAGCAUGAAGUAGUUAGAGGCCAUGUCUUAUAAUUUAUAUCAUAUCAAUAUCGUGGAAUAUUGGAAACAUAAGUUAUUUUGUGUGAUGCAAUUGCACUAUUCUUGUUUCAAUGUACACUUUUUGUGUAAGAUAAGCUUUCUAUAUAGAUGAUAGGAAAGCAUAUUAUUAUGUAAGUUUAUAAAAUAAAAUGUAUGGUUAAGAUAGAA